ACAAGUAAAAUUUGUGUUAAAAAUUUUUUUUUUAAAUAUUUGCGGUAUCAUUAUUAAAAGAAAUACAAAAAUUUCUUAAAAUUUGUUCUUGCUAGAGGAAAUGUAAACACAUAGGAAAUUAUAUACACAUGUGGUGUUUUCGUAACAGAAUUAGUUGCUUAGAAAAUUUUGCUAAAUACUCUACAGUUUCCAAAACGACAAAUGUGUUGAAUUCGUGGGUUGAGGAUGAAAAUUUAAUUUUACCCAAAAACCUAUCCAAGAAAAAACAUAAAUAUUCAGAUCAUAUUUAUAUAAAUAGUGACAAUGGAGCGCAGGUUAUCGCAAAAAAACUUCCUGAUUAUAUUUCAAAAAAUUCGGUGGUAUUGGAAGUUAAUCCAGGAAAUGGAUUUUUAACUAGGCAUCUUUUGAGGAAUAGUAAAAUUAAAAAAUUAUUAUUAUUUGAAACACAUUCAGAUUUUAUUCCAAAACUUGAAGCACUACAAGCAGCUUGUCGCAAUCGAAUUGAAAUAAAGCAUGGAGAUUUUUUCAAUCUUUGGAAACUAUCAUUUCGAGAUAAAAUGGACAACGGAACUAGACUUCCUAAGUUAUUAUCAAAUAUACCAAAGACAAGUUUCAAUGAUGACUGUGAAGUUAAAAUUUGUGGUGGUGUUGGAACGAAAAAUUUUUUUAAACAUUUAAUUACCAGUUUAACUUUUAACACAAGCUUAUUUUCGUAUGGUCGAUUUGAAAUGCUUUUGAUUGUUCCGCCUUCAAUAUAUGUACACUUGACUUCCUGUAAAGAGAGUGGUUAUUUUUAUUAUCGGUCCACAUCCGUUCUUUUCCAAAUAAUGUUCGAAUAUAAAUUUAUUUGUAAAAUUCCAAAGUUCUAUUUUCUGCCCACGUUAUUUGACAAUUCAACAACAAAGAAAGUGAAGAAAAAAAAUGUAAUAGAUCCUGAAUUUUUAUACUUAGUUAAAGUAGUUCCUAGACGAAAUAUUUAUGAAUUGUGCUCAUUAGAAGAUAUGCCAGCUUUGUGCCACUUUGUCAAGCAAACUUAUUUUAGUAGAAAAAAUCGAGUUAUACCAUUAAUGGAGAAAUGGGCUCCAGGUUGCGGACCCAGGUUAAUUUUAAAUUCUAAAGGAAUAAAAUCUGUAGACAAUUUGUUUGAAGAAGAAAACGAAAAAGACUUACCGGCUUUUUCAAGGCGAUGUACGACAAUGUCUACCGAAGAUUACUUUUCCCAAAUGAAUAUUUAUACAGAAUUUGGUGAAUUGAAUCCAAGUCAAAUGUUAACAUUAUUUUUACAAUUUAGAAAUUGGCCAGAGUAUAAAGAAAGUCCAUUCUUAGCAUCCUUAGAAAGUAGCUUAUUGAAAAUGGAACCAUCUAGUGAAGAUAUCGUUGAUGAAGUUGUUGUAGAUGAUAAUAUAACUUCUAAGGAAUUUAGCUCCAAUGUCAAAGCUAUCGAUGGAAGUUAACUUUUAAAUUUUAAGUUAUGAUAAUUAUCAAUAAUGGUAACAAUAUUUUGAUCGUUUUUUACAAAGAUGUUGAAUUUAGAUCGCCUCUAUUUUUGAAAAUAUAAAGAAAAAGCCUUUUUGUAUUGUA